AUGUCACGUCAGUACAACCACCAACCUCGUACUCGACUAGCCGUCUCACCUUUCCUCUUUCACAGUCUCGAUCGACGCCCCGACGCCCCCACCAGUACCGACCGUCUGGGCCUACUCGGAUCCCAGCUCCGACGCCGCCUUCUCCCCCGUCGUAUGGCUCCCACUCACUUUCCUCCUCACCGCCUGCUUGCUCUUCAUCUCUCUACGGAGGGCGCAUGCGUUGAGGCUCUACGCCGACGCCCAGGAUUGGUCAGUCCGCGUACGCUCCUGGCACCGCCUCCCUCCCUCGUAGAUGGAGAGCUCAUGUUGUCGUAUCGGCACACCUGUAGGCUACGGACAAAGUACCCAUGGAUAUUCUCGAAUCAUAUACGACUACCCGGCAGAUCGGAUCGGACAAGUGCAUCCUCUCGGCCGCACCGUCGUUCUAG